AUGAAUACCUUUGAAAUUGUAAAGAUAAAUAUAACGUCCUCUCAAACACCAGUGAAAAAACCUCCUCCUCGUGUUCCUCCUGUGAUCCAAACAACAACUGCAGUCGGACCCACACAGAGGCCUGGUCCAAGUCCUGAUCCUGGUUUUGAUCCAGAUCCUGAUCCAAGUCCUAGUCUGAAUCCAAACUCUGCUAUCAGACCUGAACAUGAACUACAGUCUGAGGCUCCACACAGAUCUUCACAAACAGGUUCUCUGCUGUUUGUGGCUCUGGCUGUAGCUGGAGUUCUGCUCCUCGUCUCUGCAGCUCUGGUUGUGUUUUACUGCAAGAAAAGAGUCAACAGGCCUCAAGAUGUAAACACAGGAGUUCAACAGAUUGCUGCUGCUGGAGACUGCACAUACCAGAGCCUGAACAUGGACUCCAUGGACCCAGACCAGACCUACAGUACUCUUUGUGUCCAGCAGGGGGCUCCACAACAUGCUCAAGAACAACAACAGAUUGUUGCUGCUGGAGACUGCACAUACCAGAACUUGAACCUGAUCUCCAUUGACCCAAACCAGACCUACAGUACUCUUUGUGUCCAGCAGAGGGCAACAGAUAUUUAAGACCGACUCACGUCCACAUUUCUUACUCUUUUAUAUUUUCAAUAGCCUGAUGGUCCAGACCCCGGGGGGAAGACAUCUCCUAAACAUCAUCUAACCGACCACGUCCUCCAUCAUAAUGUCUUCUGCUGGAGUCUGAGCGCCAAAGAUAACUCAUUCAAUAAAGUUUAUACUAACACUU